AUGACUCACCCCGUACUGGAGGAAUACUUUUUCUUCAACGAGUUGGACGGAAAGGAUUUACUUCAGACGCCCGAGAAGGCCUUCAUCCCCGUCAAAGACGAAGAACCCAGCCUGCAGUACCCUGGUAUACCCAGCCUGCAGUACCCUGGUGUAGAACCCAGCCUGCAGUACCCUGGUGUAGCACCCAGCCUGCACUACCCUGGUGUAGAACCUAGCCUGCACUACCCUGGUGUUACACCCAGCCUGCAGUACCCUGGUGUAGCACCCAGCCUGCACUACCCUGGUGUAGAACCUAGCCUGCACUACCCUGGUGUUACACCCAGCCUGCAGUACCCUGGUGUAGCACCCAGCCUGCAGUACCCUGGUGUAACACCCAGCCUGCACUACCCUGGUGUAACACCCAGCCUUCACUACCCUGGUGUAACACCCAGCCUGCACUACCCUGGUGUAACACCCAGCCUUCACUACCCUGGUGUAACACCCAGCCUGCACUACCCUGGUGUAACACCCAGCCUGCACUACCCUGGUGUAACACCCAGCCUUCACUACCCUGGUGUAACACCCAGCCUUCACUACCCUGGUGUGCCACCCAGCCUACACUACCCUGGUGUAACACCCAGCCUUCACUACCCUGGUGUAACACCCAGCCUUCACUACCCUGGUGUAACACCCAGCCUGCACUACCCUGGUGUAACACCCAGCCUUCACUACCCUGGUGUAACACCCAGCCUGCACUACCCUGGUGUAACACCCAGCCUGCACUACUAA